AUGAGCGAGAACAUCAACAACAAGCUGAGAAGGGCGAGAACUGCUUUCACGUACGAGCAGUUGGUUUCCCUUGAAAACAAAUUUCGUCAAACAAGGUAUCUCUCCGUAUGCGAGAGACUUAACUUGGCACUGGCUUUGAACCUGACUGAAACUCAAGUCAAAAUUUGGUUUCAGAACAGGAGAACAAAAUGGAAGAAACAGAAUCCAGGUCUGGAUAUCAACAGCCCAUCCACAAACCCACCA